AUGGCGCCUCCAAGCAUACCCGCCGUGUGGGAGAUACCCAAGCUGAGGGCAUCAUUCGGAUUUGAGGACGACCACCAGUACGUCUCUGAUGAUGGCCUAGCAGAUACAGAGUUCUUCGAUGUCAAGUUCUACCCUUAUAACCCCGUCGGCUCCAACCCUAUCUUCGCCGCCGUUAGCAAGAAGCAUGUUGUCGUCUGUCGGUUGUCCUCUACUAAGGAGAAAGACGUCAAUCCCUGCGAGCUUCUCAAGGUUAUACGAGAUGACGAUGAGGAGGCGCUCAACUGCUCCUGCACUUGGACCAAAGAUGCAGCAACCGAGACAGCAUACCUGUGUGUGGCCGGUCGAGACGCCAAGGUCAAGGUCUACAACGUCCGGGAGGGCAAACUGGUCACAACGCUUGUCGGUCAUGGAGGUGAAAUCAAUGAUCUUGCAACAUCCCCAGCAAACCCUCAGUUGAUAGCUUCAGCAUCCGACGAUACCACCGUCCGGAUAUGGAGUUUAGCAGCUGAGCAUGCAAAGCAGCCGUGCGUUUGUCUGCUAGGUGGCGAGGGCCAUUCAUGGAACCUUCUGAGUGUGGCAUUCCACGACUCUGGCCGAUAUGUAUUGUCUGCUGGACACGAUCAGAUCAUCAAUCUGUGGACUAUCCCCGACAUACCCUCGAAGCACAUGGACACGCCCAUGGUCGUUCAUUACCCGCACUUCUCAACUUCAGAGAUCCAUUCGGGACUUAUUGACUGUGUGGCCUUUUAUGGCGACUGCAUCUUGUCGCGAGCUUGUCACGAAGAGUGCAUCGUCCUCUGGAGGAUCGAGGGCUUCAGCUCCGAAGACCCGCCGCCCUCACCGGACAUCGCGCCCACGGCCCACGACACCAGCAAGCUCACCCGCUCCGCCUUCACGCCCCUGACCUCGCCGUCCGGCCAGGCCCAGUACACCCGGCUCAUGCAGUUCCACACCCCCGGCUGCGGCGUCCAGUUCUUCAUGCGGUUCAGCAUGUUGCACGUGCCCGGCCAGCACCCGGUGCUGGGCUUCUGCAACGCGCAGUCCAAGAUCUUCUUCUGGGACAUGGCCCGCUUCACCACCUACCAUGACUUCAUGGCCGCCCUGCAGGACCCGAGGCGGGACCCGAACACGCCCGUCGCGCGCCCGCCGUGGCUCAAGCCCAUCGUGCCGCGCAAGAGGGGGCCCGAGCCCAGCCUCAACCGCCGUAGGGAGGCGAGCGCCCAGGACUCGGCGGUGUCGGGCAACGUCAGCACGCCCGACCCGGAGAAGGCCGAGGUCCUGUUCCACGGGUACAACAGGGAGACGAUCGACGACUGGGAGAAGAAGUACAGCAUGGACGACCCUCACGCUCUGAUCAGGGCCCACAAGUUUGAGGUUCUGUCCGGGUUCUCGCUCGUCGGCCGGCAGGUCGCCUGGAGCCCCGAGGGCGACUGGUGCGUCAUCGUCGGCAGCAACAACAGGGCUGUCAUCAUGCAGCGCUGGGCCAGGGACGGCAGUCACGCAGAUAACGUUGAUGACUCGAUGCAGUGA